GAGACCCGAGUCAUAUGAUUUUCAGUCAGGAAACUCCCCAAUUGCUGCAGAGAUGGAGCUGCUGCUUAGACAACAUGUUAUCCUGCUGCUUUUCCUGCUGACUUUGGGUUCAGGUGCAGUUAUAAAGCAAUCAAAAGAACAGAAAGAAGCAUGGGGGUAUGUAACAGUCAGAAACAAUGCACACAUGUUCUGGUGGCUCUACUAUGCAAACAGCUCUGCCAAAAAUUUCACGGAAUUACCUCUCAUUAUGUGGCUUCAGGGAGGUCCAGGAGCUUCAGGCUGUGGAUUUGGGAACUUUGAAGAAAUUGGUCCCUUGGAUGCAGAACUGAAACCAAGAAAUACAACCUGGCUGCAGGCAGCCAGUUUACUGUUUGUCGAUAAUCCCGUUGGCACUGGAUUCAGUUACACAAAUGAUAGUGAUGCGUUUGCAAAAGAUCUCUCCACUGUAUCUUCCGAUAUGCUGGUUCUUCUUAAAGAAUUCUUCAGGUCAAAGAAAGAAUUCCAGACUAUUCCAUUCUACAUCUUCUCAGAAUCUUAUGGAGGAAAAAUGGCAGCUGGCAUCGCUUUAGAGCUGUAUAAGGCUAUUCACGAUGGGAGCAUACAGUGCAAUUUUGGUGGGGCUGCUCUCGGAGAUUCAUGGAUUUCUCCUGUAGAUUCUGUGCUUUCCUGGGGGCCUUACCUUUACAGCACUUCUCUCCUUGAUGAUCAAGGUCUAGUAGAAGUGACUGCCGCUGCCAAAAAGGUCAUGAAUGCAGUGAAUAAAGGGCAAUACACACUGGCCACUGAGCUCUGGAGUCAAACCGAGGAAGUAGUUGAACAGAACACUGACAACGUGAAUUUCUAUAACAUCCUAGCCAAGAAGUCUCCAGAUCUCAAAGCCUCGAAACAUGAAAAUACCCAUCUUCUUAAACUUUACCAGCGCCAUGUCGAACGUCUGCAUAAGGACAGCUUAAGUGACCUGAUGAAUGGACCCAUCCGAAAGAAGCUGACAAUCAUUCCUGACUCUGUCACAUGGGGAGGUCAGUCAAAAGAAGUCUUCUUACACAUGGCCGAAGACUUCAUGAAGCCUGUCACUGAUAUUGUGGAUGCGCUGCUGGCAGCCAAUGUCAACGUUACUGUCUAUAACGGACAGCUGGAUCUCAUUGUGGACACCAUGGGCCAGGAGGCAUGGGUUCGGAAACUGAAAUGGCCUAAACUGAAGCAGUUCAGCCAACAAAAAUGGAAGGCUCUGUAUGGAUCUCCAGAGUCCUCUGAGACAGCUGCUUUCCAUAAGUCCUAUGAGAACUUGGCCUUCUACUGGAUUCUAAAGGCUGGGCACAUGGUACCAUCCGAUCAAGGGGACAUGGCAUUGAAAAUGGUCAGGAUGGUGACACAACAGAAACACUGGUGAAAUGGAUGCCAGCUGGCAUGGUUUUCACAUACAACUCCGGUGCAUUAGCAGAACUUGUGCCACAGACUGAACUUCAGAAGGAACAAUCACUCUGUGGAAAGUUAGCCUCUUUUACACUUUGGUAAUGUGCAAGGCAUUUAAGGUGAUGCAUGGUUAUUCUUAAAUGAAAUGCUGCCUUCGAAUUUGUAAACUGUGAUUCUCUGCCUCAAUACUGCUCACCCUGACUUUUCCUAUGAGAACUUCACUCUGAUAAAUAACACACUCUGACGCUUC